GGAAACGAACACAAACCAUACUGGUUAGUGUUUCCAUGUGAGUUUCUUCUGACCUGUCAGUUAUUAGACUUGUAUCACAAAUGAAAGAAAUAUGUUCCCUCUAUAACUAAUCUAUGAGCCAUGUCCACUCUGACAGAACUGAGAAGUGAUUCGCAGCCUCCUCGCUAUCCUUGGUAUAAAGAGAGGCUUCAUAAAAAAUUCCUCAAAGAGUCCAACCAUAAACUAAACCUUUCCGGUGCCCUCAAUUCCCAACAAUGGAAAUUCUUACCAAGAGGAACAGCUGAUUCUGCUACCGAUACCACUUCUGUUCCUGCCACCAAAGGGCGUGACGUUUUCCUGCAGAAUGUAACUGAUGACCCAGAGCCUACCGAGAAACACAAAAAGAGGUUUACCAAGGAGCAGACUUACUUCUCCAAACUUCUCCCACAGCAGCAGGCACGCAGAGAAUACAUUGCUGGCAUAGAAUAUGGCCUGGUGCAACAUCCGCUAGCGCUCUACCCUCACCUGGAAGAAGGAGUACCACCUGACCUGUUUGAAGAAAUUGUGGGCAUCCUGGACCCUGAGAUGAGAUUAAGGAGCGCUUCAGGGUCCUAUGAAGGUAUACCAGAGGAUCAGGAAGAAGAGAACGUUCCUAGCCUCACACCAGCAGAGCAGCAGGAAGUACAAAGUGUGAAAUCACGUGAAGAAAGCACAAGGCAAUCAUCAAUGAGUGAGCAAUCCAGGCCCAAAAAUCCAUAUAAAUGGCUUUCUAACCAAGAGCCUGUUCCUGAAGAAAAAAAGUCCAAGACAACACAGUCUUUCACUCCUGUACUAGAUGAAAAUAUCAAGGAAGUGACUAAGGAGUUUUGUGAUUGGGUGACUUCCUUGGGAGGGGAGCCAUGCAAUGUCAAUGAGUCCACCAUCUUCAGUUUAUUUGCCAGUGGUUAUGAGACAAAGCCUGCCCUCAGUGUCCCAAUCCAUGUAGUAGAGCUCAACAAUGUGCCACCAGAGCUGAGAAUGUCUGUAGGAAUGUCACUUCAACAAGGCACAACAAAGACCUCAGACCCAAGGAACGCACAACAAUCUAAGGAAUCCACAUACUGUCCAAGUUGGGUAAAAACAAGAUAUGGAGCUUGGUACCUUGAUCCUAAAACAUGGAAAAUGCAGAAUUUCAAUGAGCCAUUGAAAGAUCCAGCCACAGAAAAGAAAGGUCCACAUUCAACAGAAAGAAUAAGCCAAAAGGAUGAAGAACUUCUGCAACUUCAUGGAACUAUUGCCUUUAAAGAUUUUAUUGACAAGAAAGGCUAUAGAAAACCUGAGUUUCUUAACAAACUGUUCUGUAAGAAGGAUGGCGUCACUUCAGAAAGAGUAAUUGUAACAGAAUCCAGAGCGGCUUCUUCUGCAAGGAACACCUGGUACCGUUCCAGCUCAGCCUCCACCCAUGAAGAUAGUAUAAUAAACUGACCGGCUGCCUAGAAAACAUCCUGUAUUUGUGCAUUCAGCUGUAUGGAAAUGAUAAA